UCACCACCUCCACUACAAUGGGCUGCAGUCAAUCCAAGUCUACCACCGACCAGGUCGUGGAGCGCGUGUCGGUUGACACCCCGGCCGUCGAGGCUCCGGCCCCGGUGAGUGUCUCCGUCGCGGCCCCUCCUGCCUCGGAGGCGCCGUCCGCUGCCCCUGCUUCGGUCGCCGCUGCUGCACCAGUUGAAGCUGUCGAGGAAGCUCCCAAGACGGAGGAGCCCGCUACUGCUGCUGUUGAAGAGGAGGUGGCACCGGCCGAUGAGCCCGCUGCCCCCGUUGAUGAGCCCGUCGAAGACGCGGCCAAGGCCGACGAGCCGGCCGAUCCUGCAGAGGCCGAGGAAGAGAAGGCCGUCGAGGAAGCCGCCCCCGUUGACGAAGAGGCCCCCAAGUCGGAGGAGAAGGCCCCGGAAGCCGAGCCCGAGUCGGCCCCGGUCGAAGCCGAGGCUGCAGUUGAAGAGGAGGCGCCCAAGUCUGAGCCUGUCGCUGAGGAGGUCGCGGCCGAAGCUGAAGCGCCCAAGUCCGAGCCUGCUGCUGAAGUUGAAGCGCCCAAGUCCGAGCUCGCUGCUGCGGAGGAGGCGCCCGUCGAGGCUCCCCAGCCCGAAGUCGUGGAGGCCCCCGCCCCGGUCAGCGAGGCGAAGGCGAAGGCGUCCGAGGUCGCUGCACUCACCUUCAAGGCCGAGGCCGUGACCUUCAACGACAAGGGCGUGGCCUUCUACAACUUCGACGGCUCGGACGCCAGCAACCCGGCCAACGACGUGCACGUGUCCAAGCGGUACUCGGAGUUCAAGGCUCUGCACGCGCAGCUCGCGCAGCUGUUGGCCGACAACCAGGACGGCAAGGCGUCGGACCUGCCGGCGCUGCCCAAGGCCUCGCUGCUGCAGGGCCGCAAGAACAAGAAGAUGCUGCAGGACCGCAAGACGCAGUUCACGGCCCUGCUCAACGCCGCCGCGGCCCACCCCGUGGCCGCCCAGAGCGACGUAUUCAAGGCCUUCUUGGCGUAGACUUAAGGGCUCCCGAGCUCGAGCAUCACACUUUAUUCUCCACUAUGUAAAAUGUACAAUGUCUUUCAUCUUAUC